AUGGAGGAUCCACCGCUACCUGCAGACAAAGGCAAAGAGAAAGUGGUUGAGGAGGAUGCUGCUGUGACCAUCCAUACGGAAGGGAGCAGCUCUGGUCUGUCCCUGGAGGAGAAACUUGCUGCGCUUACCUCUGCUCAUGCUGACGCUGAUGACUUCACGGAUGAUGACUCCGACGACGAGCUUGAGUUUGAUGUCACGAAAGACCUCGUCGCCAAGCAGCGCUUCACGGCCAUCCUGCUGAUCCCGUUCAUCCUGCAGCAGGAAAUGGCGAAUGUUAUUCUGACCGACCUGUUCCCGGCUUAUGUUGCAAAGACGAAAUACAGCCGGCUUCAGUUAUCAUUCCUGAAGGAAGAAGAUGCAGUUAAUGUGCGUCAGGCGACAUUGGAAUACCAGCGUGCGAACAACAGUGUCACUCACAAGCUCCACUGGCUGCAUGCUGAGAAUGCGGCCUUCAUUCGAUUUAAGGCGUCCAACGCGCGUGCGCUCGAAGUUCUCUUUAAAGGUGUUCCUGCGAAUAUCACUCCGGAAGGGUUGGAAGAGAUGCUGACAAAACACAAGCUGAAGAUUCGACAGGUCACACCGUUCCUUGAAGGACACUGCUUUCACCGUGUGCUUCAUCCGGUUUCUGGAGCUGACACGGACGUGAUCAAGGGCUUGGUUAUUCCACAUACGGAGGAGAAGAAGCGUCGCCAUAUUCACCAGAUCAGUCAUCCUCUGGAGCACGGCAAGAAGCUCCUGGUACACCAGGAAAGCACUCGGAUUGAUCGAGCGUUGGUCUCUCAGUCCCUGCUUCCGCGUCUCAUAUCCGCCUCUCAUGUCAAACCUGAGGAGCCAGUCUCUGACCACGGCUUCGCCAUUCGCAUCGCCUUCAAGAUCAAAUCGCAGCUGCGCACGGGCCCGGGGCUAUGGCGCAUGCACCCAUCCAUGCUGCACAGACCAGGUGUCCGUAAGCUUACGGAAGAGGUGGAGGGGCAGGUUGCACAAAAAGGCGGUGAUUUUGAGGUUCUGAUAUCUCGCCUGAAUAUCAGCCUUCGUCGUUACUCCAAGGAGGAGAGCAAAAGGAUAAGGGCGACGAUCAAUCACCUUUCAUCAAUGGUCGCAGGGUUGGCGCAAGAAUUCAUGUGCAACCCAAAAGAUCAACUGCUAAAAGAGAGAUUAAGGAAGGCGGAGCGGCAGUUAAAAGAGUAUCACGCAUGUCGGCGAGAGAGGAAUCACCUUAUGGCGGGAAUGGCCAAGGAGCUAGUCGGUGAAAUCCCGUCUCCUCACCUCUCAGCGAGGAUUAAGAUGCGGAGGGUUAAGACACAGAUAACGGAGCUGGCGGUUCCCGGGGGGGUGGUAACUGAGCCAAAAGAGAUUUUGAAGGCGGCAUCUGAAUACUACAGCGGUCUCUUUGGGGAGGAUAAGAGGACGGCACUCUCAAACUGGGUUCCAGCAGCGGGGAAAAGGCUUUGGUUCUCGGAGGCGGAGUGUUUGCAGGAGGACUGGACAGAAGCAGAGGUGAAGCGUGCUCUCAAGGAGAUGGCUGACAAUAAAUCUCCGGGGAAGGAUGGGCUACCGAAGGAACUUUUUGAGCAACAUUGGGACGUACUGGGGAAACACCUCAUGGAGCUGGUACAGAGCUUCACCUCCUCAUCGUCGCUCCCGACUAGCGUUAAGGACGCUGUAACCAUUCUUCUGCAUAAAAAGGGAGCAAAAGAGCAGUUAGAGAACUACCAACCGAUAACCUUGCUGAACUUCAGUUACAAAGUACUGGCAAGGGUGCUGGCAAGCAGAAUUAAAAAGGUGCUUCACAAAGUCAUCUCGGAGGAGCAGUUUGGCUUCAUACCGGGGAGAAGGGUGUCGGAUGCGGUGGGGCUUGUAGCGGAUGUCAUCGACGCGGCAAAGAAUGGCAUGGAGGACUGGUAUAUGCUGCUGGUCGACUUCAGGAAAGCCUUUGAUUCAGUUUCCCGGGACUUCACCUUUGAGGUCCUUAAGAAGAUGGGCUUUCCGGAGCGUUUUGUCGGGUGGGUGAAAGGACUGCACGACAACACGCGCACAAGUUUAUUAGUUAACGGAUGGAUGGGGGAAGCAGUGGAUGUGGUAUCAGGAGUCCGGCAGGGGUGUCCCAUCGCCCCUUACUUGUUUCUCUGUGCGGUGGAACCUCUGGUGCAGCUGGUGGAAAGGAAGAAGUUGGGAAUUACCAUCAGGGGUUGUACUGAGCAACGGCUGGCUUACGUCGGUUAUGCCGAUGAUACUACUCUCCUACUUCAGGGAAAACAACAAAUCGUCAAAGCGGAGGAAGUACUGGAGGAGUUCAAGAACAUCUCUGGGUUGGCGACGAAUAAAGAUAAAUCGGUGGUGCUUCCGCUAGGAGUUAACCUUGGCAAAAAAACCUGGCGCACAGAUGGCUUCAGAUGGGCAGGUGCGGAUGAGGCUGAAAAGCUUCUUGGUAUCUGGGUCACGCCCAGCGGAAGCUGCCAGCCAACCUGGGACAAGGCCCUGGAGAGGAUUGUGGGGAAGAUGUCCCUGUGGCAGCCGCAGUAUCUGCCGAUUAAAGCAAGGAGAGCUGUGAUGGAUGGUUACAUCAUGCCGAUAGCCUGGUCGCAGGCCCAGGUGUACCCGCCGCCUGCUCGGACCUGGGGGGUUAUAACGAAGCUGUCGCACACUUUCAUGUCAGCCAACAAGGUUACAACGGAGAAAUGUUUCUUCCUAUGGAGUAAGGAGCUGCUGUACACGCCGGUGUUGGAAGGAGGUGUGGGGGCAAAAGACCCAGAAGCUAUGCUUACCUGCUUCACAGCCAGGAGGAUUGGGUUGAUACUCAAUGAGUCCAGUCAGCUAAAACGGAAUUUGCUACGGCAGGCAGCAGACUUACCACUGGGGCUCGAUACCUUUAUGUCGCACGAGAAGCUUCUGAAAGUUUGGGAGGGGAAGAGCCAGCGGUGGAAGUUGGCAUGUGAAAACUUCAUGCGCUCUCCUCUGGCGGUGACAGGGGCGGAGCGAAGCAAAGAGGAGGUGGGGCUGGAGAGAAUUGUGUUUAACAGACACAUUCUUCGGAAAGGCUCCACGCCAUUUGGGGGACAAAAGGCGGCGAAACGGCUGCGAGAAGUAAGGCUGGGGGAUCUGAUCCGGAAAGAUGAGGAGGGGAGGGGCACGCUAAAGGACCUGGUCACUCUGGAGAGGGAGCUGCUGGGGAUGGAGGCUGCGAAGCUGGCACUGGAGGCCUUUGCUGCAGCACCAGAAGCUUGGAGGGGAUUGCUUUUCUCAGCUGAGUUACCGCAGAUGGGCUUUGCAGAGGUGUAUGUGGCAGGGAGAGAGGGGUCAAAGCAGUUGCGCAACAAACUCCUGGUGAAGGGGGAGGUUGCGCCGAUGAAGUCACUCAGGUCCUGUUGGGGGCAUGGCAGCAGCGGGCAGUCCAGGCGGAAAAAGUGGGAGGACAGAUGGAGCGGUCGUAUAGACUGGAAGCGGGCAGUUAAAACCCGGGAAUCGCUAGUCACCCCCAGCAGGCCAAGGGAUGUUUUGCUAAGAAUCCACAGUCUGAAUCUGCAAGUCGGGGAGAGACUCCCCUUUCUCAGCAGUGGGCCGGUGUGUCCUUUCUGUGGGGUCUUUGAAACAUUGGAGCACUGUUUUUCUGAGUGCCCAAAGAUCCGGGUGGUGGUUGCAGCAGUGAAGAAGGCCCUGCGCAUGAUUAAUCCUGGCAGGCGGGCGGAAUUGCUGGGGGACUGGCUGUUCGGAAAGGCAAACUCCACGUCAGCAUUCCCCGAGGCGACUCUGAUCUCUAUCGCUUUGCAUCAACUAUGGGUGGAGAGGUGUGAAGGGGCCUUUCGCGGGUGUAAAUUUCGCACGAGGCGGGUACUGCGGAGGAUUGAAACUGCUCUGCGCAUGCAUGUCAACAUUUACGUGCGUGCCUCAGCGGGAAAGCUGCAACAGAAGGGGAAGGUGCAGCAAGCCAGAUGGCACGUGAUGACGAAUCAGGAACAGUGUCUUCUGAACCGCAUCAGGGUGGUGGAGGGCAAGGGCUGGCGGUGGUCGGCCAAAUUCGCAGCAAUUUGGGGCAAGCCACACAGGCCCCGGAUCCACAUGUAA